AUUUUCAGCAAAUUGGUCAUCAAAGAGAGUGAGAAAGACGCAUUUUAUCAAUUCUCUCUUUUUCUCCAGGCUCUGAAGAGUUGGAUGUUUCACGUAGAGUUCAUCGGCCUCAAUAGAGAAGGGACCGCCGAAUUUUAUACAUAUCAGGUUCUCUGGAGCAUACCUACGCCGGCAUACCCGGAGCCAUAUGUGACUGUCAGCGUGUUCUUCUACAUCGCGGCGAGUCGCGUGCAGCCGCCGCACUUUCCAGUCGACGUUUCGUACGUCUUCGAAGGGCACCAGUUUGCUCAUCGGUUGGACAUGAUAUUUAGACCGAAGUGGCUCUAUGACAUUCUCGACAUGAAGACCAUGUUGUUCAAGACUUUCACAUUUUGAGAUAUAUUUCUAUAUGCAACUCUUUAAUAUGUUACAAAUUUAUUAAGCUCUCUUUUUUAACUACGUAUGUCUGAAUUUAUAUAAAUAGAAAUCAUAAAGUCUCAUUAUAUAUAUAUAUAUAUAUAUAUAU